AUGUACAAAUUUGAAGCCCCAUUUGCCUCUUCCAUGUUAGAAUUUAGCAUCAUCGGUUCAUCAAAUGGUCUACUUUAUCUAAUCGAUUCUCUAUUCCCAGAGCAUACUUAUCUCUACAAUCCCUUCAAAAGGGAGAUCUUUGAGAUUCCAAUUAAACAUGAGAAUUGUGGCCAAAUUUUUAUCCAUGGAUUUGGAUUUGAUCCUUUUGGUUGUGAUUAUAAAGUUGUGAAGAUUUCAUAUUUCCGGGAUAAGUAUACUCAUCAUCUUAAGGAUGAGUAUAGAGGGCUUAUACGGCAUUUACCAUCGAAGCCCAACUGGCAAUGCCACAAGCGCUUGAUUGUGUCAUACAACUUGGUUGAUGACACAACUGAUGAAAUGGCUUGUCCUUGUUCCGAUAUUAAUUAUAUGUUUGAUAGAUGGAUUAUCAAUCAUUUGGCAGUAUUGGACAAACGACUUUGUGCUUCAGUGCCAAUGAUAGACUGUGAUGCAUUUGAUGUAUGGGUUAUGAGAGAAUAUGGGGUGGAUGAGUCAUGGGUGAAAGAGUACUCUAUAUGUAUUAACUUUCCGCGGUCACUAGUUAGGCAUAUUGAGCGAACACACCAUAUUUGGCGGAACAGGUUUGGAAAGAAAAUGGUGAAGGUGUUGGGCAUCUUUGAGAGUGGAGAAGUCAUUUUGGAGUAUGAAGGAGAACGUUUGGCUGCAUAUGAUACAUGUAAUAAAAGCUUCAAGGAAUUGAAGAAUAAAGUAAUGCCGAGAAUGUAUCAGGCAAUGUUUCACAUCGACAGCCUUGUGUCUCCACAUUUGGUAUAUUCAAUGCUCAAUACUCCACAUUUGGUAAAUUCUAAUAUUGUUUUAAAUGGUUUAUAG